AUGCCACCGUCUCUGCUGCCGUUCCUGUACCCGGCGGGCCGUGUGGCUGGCCGGGGAGUGCUGACGGUUCCGAGACGGGAGUUUUUGCGGUCGCUGCACGGCAGUAUACGGCAACAGUACGGGGACCAGCAACCAGAAGGCACAGAAGGCACAGAACGACCGAUGAUGCGGCCACCACGAGGACCCCCCCUCCACCAUGACCCGAUCCCGUUUGACCUCCCGGCCGACGUGGCCGAGCAGCUGGACCGCGAGCGGGUGGCCGCGGCUGAGCGCGCCGACGAGGGCACGGUCACGCCGCUCGAGCGCCGGGCUUUUCGACGCAUCUUCAAGGAGAUCUCGACGACACGUGCGCGGCAGGAGGACGGCGCGGCUGGCGACGAGGACAUGCCGUCUCUGCGGAUGCGCGUCAAUGCCAUCGUCGACGAGGCGGCCGACGACGUGAUGCGGGCGCGGGGAGGUCGGCAGGCUGCCGCGGCCGAGGAGGUCCGAUGGGAUGUCGAGGACGAAUUGCUGGAGAGCGACCUUCUGCAGGAGAAAGCACACCAGGACGACAGCCCGCGGGCAAGAAGACAGGCCAUCCUGGACCAGUUUCCGGCGAGUCUGCGGGCGGCAGCUGGUGCAGCGCUGGGAAUCAAGGAAGCCGAGCGGGGGGUUGCCGAAGCUCGCGACAAUAACGAAGAAAUACACGACAGCUUCUCCCUUCUCAGCAACGACAACAGCCAUCCACCUCUCAGCGGCCAUCGAGACCCCCGCGACACACCCAUGCUGACGCCCCAGGACGAGGCCCGUCAGGCCCGUCAGGCCCGCAUGGAGCUGCUGAUGCUCUCGAAAAAGACCGAUUUUGCCCUCUGGGACUACAUGGAGGCGCACGUAUUCGCGCUGGCCGGCGAGUUUGGAUUGACGGGCCGCCGCGCCAGCGCCAAGUCCCAGCAGGCCCUCGCAGCCUACGCGCCGCUGUAUCCGGCGCUGCUGCUGCACGGCGUGCGUCUGCUCGACGGCCGGUUUGGCGGCAGCCCGCUCGCGCUGGCCGUGCUGCCGCGCGUCAAGGCGCUCGGCCUCGCAUCCUAUGUUCUCGGCGCCGGCACGCCGCUCUACAAUGCUCAGCUGGCUAUGCGCUGGGGCCGUCGAGGCGACGCCGUCGCUGCCCUCCGCCUGCUUGCCGAGAUGCAGCGCGCCGGUCUCGCCUUUGACACAGCCACCCUCGCCGUCGUCCGCAGCAUGGAGUUCCAUCUCGUCGGCGGCGUUGGUGUCGCUGAGCCCGCUGCUCCUAGAGCGGGCCCCAGAGCCCCAGAGGGCUCCUUUGCGGCCGUUGCGGCUCGCCAACUGUCCGGCUCUGCUGGCCUCGCCGAACAGCUCCAGUACUGGCGCCGGCAGGUCGAGCGCGCCGUCCGGGGUAGGGAGGCCGGAAGGAGGACAGAAUAUUGA